GGAAGAGUCGCCACCGUCCAGCGUCGCCGGCUUCGGGACUGAUUGAUCAUGACGUCUAUAAAGGAGCAGGCAGCAAUUAGCCGGCUCUUGAGUUUUUUACAGGACUGGGACAAUGCUGGCAGAGUCGCAAGGAGUCACAUCCUCCACAAUUUCAUUGACAGCAACCAAGGCAAGACAGCCCCUGAGCUGGAACAAGAGUUUUCCCAGGGAGCCAGUUUGUUCCUGGCCCGCUUGACCACCUGGCUUAGACUCACCUAUAUGACUGGCUCGUGUUUAGAGAAGCUGCUCAGGUCCAUUGGUGUCUUCUUAUCAGCUGUAAGCAGCAAUCGAUACCUUAUAGAAUUCCUUGAGGUCGGAGGGGUCCUGACACUCUUGGAAAUACUUGCACUGGAGAAGAUCAAGGAGGAGGACAAGAAGGAGUCCGUCAAGCUGCUUCAGGUUAUUGCAAACUCUGGCAGGAAGUACAAGGAGCUCAUUUGUGAAAGCUACGGUGUACGCUCCAUAGCAGAAUUUUUGGCAAAAUCUAAGUCAGAAGAGACCCAGGAAGAAGUGCAGGUGCUGCUGGACUCUCUGGUGCAUGGUAACCCCAAGUACCAGAACCAGGUGUACAAAGGGCUAAUAGCUCUGCUGCCCUGCACAUCCCCGAAAGCUCAGCAGCUGUCCCUGCAGACUCUCAGGACUGCCCAGUCCAUCGUCGGGACCACACACCCCAGCAUCGUGGACGGCGUGCUGAAGGUACUGCGCACGAUGCACCUGGAGGUCCAGUACGAAGCCAUCGAACUGAUCAAGGACCUGGUCAACUACGACGUGUGCCCGGCGCUGCUCAAGGGCCUCGUGGCGUUGCUAAUACCUUCCUUCAAGGAGACCAGCAAACUGCAGCCCAAGAUCGUCGACGAGUCAUCGGUGCUCCAGCUCACCGGCCACCUGCCCUUGUUCUUGCAGCAGGCGGCGGCCGCCAAGGCCAUCGGGAUCCUGGCGCGCCGCAACACCAGCCUGGCCGAGGAGAUGCUGCACCUGCGCGUGGUGCACAGCCUGCUGGCCGCUAUGGGCAACACGGACCACAGCAACAGCCAGCGGCAGGCCAGCCUCACGCUGGAGUACUUCGUGCAGCUGUUCCCGGUGGUGGAGGAGCACGUGCGCAGGUCCAUGGGGGAGGAACUCUACAGGCUCUUCCUCAGCGACGCGGAGGACUUGUACAGGAAAAUGGACAGCAUUCAGGCGGACAUCCUGGCCGCCAACAAAGUCAACGUCACCAAAGCGCUGUACCUCAGCGGCCUCUCCCCCAGCAACGUGAGCUUCUACUCUGGCCAGCGUAAUCAGGAUGCGGCGGUCUCCGUCCCACACUUGCAGAAGGAGGACGUGGAAGGGAAGGAGUAAGAGAGGCCCCGAGGCC